AAGGGAGAUUUCAGGUUUCCCAUCUUUGGGCGCUCAAGCUUCACGUUUUGGAUCCCAAAGCUCUCAAGUAUUUGGCACCUGAAGCUCUCGACGAACCUGGAAUUAGUUUGCUCGAAAUGGAAAAGGAAAUGGAUGUUGAUCAGGACGCUAUUUCCGGAGGAAGAAGUAGAGCAGAAGAGAAGAGCAGUACAGCAAUAAUGGUGGUGAUGGUGGGUGCGCCGGGCAGUGGUAAGUCUACGUUUUGCGAUCGGGUCAUGAGCGCAUCUUCCCGCCACUGGGUUCGUGUUUGCCAGGAUACAAUUGGUAAUGGCAAGACAGGGACAAAGGCAAAAUGCUUAACGGCUGCAACUUCUGCUUUGGGGCAAGGUAAAAGUGUGUUUAUAGACAGGUGCAACUUGGAUAGAGAACAACGUGAAGACUUUAUGAAGCUUGGUGGUCACUCAACGGUUGAGAAGCAUGCAGUGGUGCUUGACCUUCCUGCUAAAGUUUGUAUAUCUCGGUCUGUGAAACGCACUGGCCAUGAAGGAAAUUUGCAAGGCGGGAAAUCUGCUGCAGUUGUUAAUAGGAUGCUUCAAAAGAAAGAACUGCCCUUGUUGAGUGAAGGAUUUGCACGUAUUACAUUUUGUCAAGAUGAAAAAGAUGUUGAAGCUGCUAUUGAUACGUACUGUGGACUUGAUUCGUCGGAUUCACUUCCAUCAGGUUGUUUUGGUCAGAGGACUCCAAAUGCUAAGAUUCAACUUGGCAUAAUGAGGUUCCUUAAGAAAGUAGAUCCUGCGGGAGAAAAUGGUACUUCUACAUCAGCUCCUGUCUCCAAUGAUGCAAAGAACAGUGAGGAGCUAGAAACUGCUGUAUCUACUCGUGUUUCCACGUCUUCACACAAUGUUCCUACCUUAGCAUUUCCUUCCAUUUCUACAGCAGAUUUCCAGUUCAAUCUUGAGAAGGCAUCUGACAUCAUAGUUGAUAAAGUAGAAGAAUUUGUGGAUAAACUUGGAAAUGCUAGGCUUGUUUUGGUCGAUUUGUCGCGUGAAUCAAAAAUACUUUCCAUGGUCAACAAUAAAGCUGCAAAAAAGAACAUCGACCCUAAUAAGUUCUUUACAUUUGUUGGUGAUAUAACUCAGCUACACUCUGUUGGAGGGUUACACUGCAAUGUAAUUGCUAAUGCUGCCAACUGGCGACUUAAACCAGGAGGAGGUGGGACAAAUGCAGCAAUAUUUAAUGCUGCAGGUCCAGCCCUGGAAUGUGCAACCAAGGAAAGAAUUGGAUCCCUAGCACCCGGAAAAGCUGUUGUGGUUCCUCUUCCUUCGUCAUCACCCCUGUUUAGCAGGGAAGGUGUAACUCAUGUGAUACAUGUUGUUGGGCCAAAUAUGAAUCCCAAGAGACCGAAUUGUUUAAACAACGACUAUGUUAAGGGCUGCAAGAUUCUUUCUGAAGCUUACUCAUCACUUUUUGAUGGAUUUGCAUCGGUAAUAAGGAGCCAGGGAGAUUUUUAUGAGGGAAGUUCCUUUAAAUCACAAGAUCAACAACAGUUAAGAGAUUCUCAGAAUUGUAACCAGAAGGUUAAGAGGGAAGCUGAUUUUGAAUCCACGAGCAAAAAAUGUAAAAGCUUUCCGAAAGAAUGUGGACCCUCCAGUGAGUGUCUUCUUGCUACAAACUGCUUUCAGCAAAAAUAUCCGAAGAAAACUUGGGGCUCAUGGGCUCAAGCACUGUAUGACAUUGCCAUGCAUCCUGAAAACUAUAAGAAUGACGUGUUAGAAGCAUCGUGCGAUGUUGUGGUGCUGAAUGAUAAGCAUCCAAAGGCUCAAAAGCACCUACUUGUGUUGGCAAGAGUUGAAGGCCUUGAUCAACUCAAAGAUAUUUGCAAAGAGCACAUCCCAAUGCUUGAGACUAUGCAUGCUGUUGGCCUGAAGUGGGCAGAAAAGUUUUUGAAUGAAAACGAAUCAUUAGUGUUCCGUCUUGGAUACCAUUCAGAGCCAUCAAUGCGACAGCUGCAUCUUCAUGUGAUCAGCCAAGAUUUCAACUCGAAGAAUCUGAAGAAUAAGAAGCAUUGGAACUCGUUCAGCACCCCAUUCUUCCGGGAUUCAGUUGAUGUGAUAGAGGAAGUCAGUCAAAAUGGAAAGGCUACGCGGAGGGAUGACGAAGAAAAGUUGCUUGCAAUGGAGUUGAGAUGCCAUAGAUGUCGUAGUGCCCAUCCCAACAUUCCCAGACUUAAGGCACAUGUCUCCUCAUGUCAUGCCCCUUUCCCUUCUUUCCUGCUCGGCAAUGGCUGUUUAGUUGCCAAACCAAGCAAGCUGCAGACAGAUGGAUAGAUGCCGUUUGGGAGAGCCACAAGGGUGCCACAGGACCCCACAUUGUCUUUGGCAAUCUUUCACUCAAAAUUGUCCCCUUUUCCCGGGCCCAAUGUGUUCUGCCUAGUCCAAUAGUUAUGGUGCCCUCGGUCGGAUUAUGUUCUGGAUCCUGGAUUGUGCUGUCUUGGAAAAAGCCUUCUUUUUGUCUACUUUAAAUGUGUUCGAGUAACAGUAAAAGGCAAGUAAGUUU